UUUUACAUUUUUACAGUAAAAUGAGGGAAACAAGUUUAGUUUAGCCCCGGAACGGUGCAGGUUACGGUCGAGUAUCAAAGCACGAGUGGGUGGGCGAACCCAUGCGCGAACCCAGGCGUCGAUAAGCGAAAAAGAGAGAGAGAGAGGCACAGGCGGUCGCAGCGGAAACCAGGCAGGCAUCGAGCGAGGGACACACAGACGGACGCGAGACGAACAACAGCAGCGGCGGCGGCGGCAGUGGCGGCGGCAGCAGCAGCAGCAGCAGCAGCAGCAGCAGCGGCAGCGGCAGCAGCAGCAGCAGCAGCAGUAACAGCAGUAGCGAGUGGAACGCGAGUUAGCGAGGAGGUAGUCAGGCCAGGCAGCCAUCGCAGGCGUGUGGCGAGCGAGUGAGAGGUGUGGAGAGUAGUAACAGCAGCAGCAAGCAAAGUGGCGAAGCUCGCGCGAAAUGACGGAUAGCAGUCAGCAACAGCAGCAGCAACAACAGCAGCAAUUCUGUUUGAGAUGGAACAAUUUCCAGGCGAACAUCACCUCGCAAUUCGAGGCGCUGCGCGACGACGAGGACUUCGUCGACGUCACCUUCGCCUGCGACGGCAGGCGGCUACAGGCACACAAGGUUGUGCUUUCUGCAUGCAGCCCCUACUUCAAGGAGCUCUUCAAGACAAAUCCUUGCAAACAUCCAAUAAUUUUCAUGAGAGAUGUGGAAUUUGAACAUCUGCAAUCUCUUUUGGAGUUUAUGUAUGCUGGAGAAGUUAAUAUAUCACAGGCAGAGCUGCCAACAUUUUUGCGAACUGCAGAGUCUCUUCAAAUUCGUGGCCUCACUGACUCCCAAAGCAAUCAGCACAACAACGAAAAGUAUUCAAAACUGAACAACAUCAAUGCUUCAAAUGGGCGUGGACUCGUUUCGCCAAAUUUCGACGAUGAACGCAGUAAAACGCCACCAUCGUCAAGUCCUCCACCUCUCAAAAGGCUGUGUAAAUCAAGUGAUUCACCUCGGAACUCUAGUCCAGCACCGGCUGCACCAUCAUGUGCCACUACUACACCUCGCUCUCGACCACUCAUCGAACCUCAAGUCCAACUCGAUUGUUACAAGGACAUGGACAUUGUUGAGCCAAAAGUUGAACUACCAGAAUACGGGAGUGAUGACGAAUCCAAACAAGAUCUUAAUGCAUUACCGGGAGGUUUUCUUAGUUUGGAUGGUGGAAUGGAGGUUUUACCCUCCUAUCCACCAACAUAUUCUGGUAGUGGAAUAGAAGGAGGAAUGCCUGGGCCGUCGCAUGGAAACACGGAGUUAAAUCAGGAGCAGCAGGCUGACCUGCGCAAACUGCACUCGCUGGACCCGCGCCCCUGUCCUGUGUGCAACCGCAUGUACAGUAACUUGUCGAACCUGCGGCAGCACAUACGCCUCAUCCACAACCCCCAGAGUGUCACAUGCCCUCUAUGUAGCAAGCCGUUCAAGACCAAGCUCUACCUCAAGCGACACCUUGUCAGCUUCCACGACUUGAGCGUCGCUGAGCGUCAGCGUCAGGAGGAAAUCUACCAUCAUCAUCAGCCGUCAUCGGUAGCAGCAGCAGUAGCAGCAACAACAGCAGCGGCGACAUCCAAUAGCAGUAGCAGCCUGAAGAACUCGUCUUCGUCCUCGUCGGCGAGCGUCGUCGCCGCAAAUAAUAACAACACCACCGCGAGCAGCACUGCCAUGACGACGACGACGACAGCGGCUAGCUCGCCGUCGUCGUCGUCCGAGGGUAAACUUGAGGACGUGACAAUGUCGUCGCCUAAAAGCGACCUCAACGCUAGCGCUGCUGGCCAGGGAUUCGAGUUGGACUCAAAAACGACUAGCUUCGCAGGGGGCAUGAUACAGUUCAACGCGACUUUUCACUAAUAGACAGCCUCCCGUUUUGCGUUUCUUUUUAUUAUUCGCGUCAUCAUCAUCAUCUUCUGAUUCUUACUACUAUUCGACGUGUCGCUAGACAAUCCACGUCAACAACACACACCGGCCAAGUACGUUUCUCCAGAUAACAAAGCACACACUUAUCGACUUAGGCCAGUGUAAGUUCGUUAUGACACUUGUAUAAAAGCAACAAAGAAGUCGGCGCGACGCUUGUGCGCAGAGCCGGCAUCUCACAAACCGCCAAAGAAAUCUGUGAUUUUUCCUCAGAGAGUGUUUCUGUCGACACAGGCCUCACACGGAAAAGCAAUACACAUCUAUAAUACAUAGUUGAAUAAUGGAUAAGUAAUCAUAAACAAUAGCAAAGUGCAAUCGGAUAUUAACGAUACCCGUAUUAACAGUUUUAAACAUUAAACAAAUGCGAACUUACACUGCGUUCCCUCAACUGAGCAACAGAGUACCUGAUAUUACGUUUUUAUAAUUGACCAUAUUGUGCAUAAACAGAGAUAAUAUGAUUGGCUAUAGUUGUUGAAUGCAAACAUAACAUUAACUUAAUAAUAAUAAUGAUAUAAUAAUAAUAAUAAUAUAAAUAAUAGUAACAAUUUGUGUUUGAAUCUCUGAAACGUACUUGGCCGUUAUACGUCGAUCGCUCGUGCUAGCGCGCGCACGGAUCUCUGUUAGGUGAUUUACUAGUUUUUUAGCGUUCGUUUAUUGUUUCGCUCAAUUGCCCAGUAUCUUCUUUGUGAUAUCUAUGUUUAUAUUGUAAUUUAUAUGUCGUUGAUAUAGGCUGUUUAGUUACAUUAUACAAUAACGUUAGGUUUUUUUUUAAAGCAAAUUAUUAAGCUUCGUUUUUCGUUUUUACAAUGGAAGCAGAAAAAUAUUCGUGUAGAGGUAUUGCGACUCGAAGUAGAAAACGUACGAUAAACGCCUCGUGCGCAGGACUAUGCGAUAGUCUAUGCUCGAGCAAAGUUUUUUAGGCAAGUAUAUUAAUGAAAAAAAAAAAAAAUCACAAGGCUGAUUCUAUUUAAGGCACACAGAACAAAAGACAAGUGAAAAAAAAUGAGCGCAAUCGAGUGUCGGAUAUGUACAACUAUGUAUCUUAAUCCUUCACACCUCCGAUAUGAGAGUAAUAUGAUUUUUAAUUCCAACCAGUGGAGGCGAGCAUUUUUUAGUCGCAGGAUGAACGACGACGUACGCGUACUAGUGAUGUACAUAGGAUAAGUAAGCGACGAUGAUUGAAGCAAAAGAGAGAGUCUAGUUUUUGCUUGUGUACUGAGAGUAGCAGAUCGUCCCGUGCCUGUUCGCCGCAUGUUGCGUCGUUUUUUUUAUCAAUUUGGGAGAGGGGCUAAACCAACAUUCGAGAGCGGCGAACGACGAUGCGUAUUAAAGUAUAAAAUAUGUGAGGCGCGCGCGCACGAUGAUAAAGAAGAGAAAAACUAGAAAGUUUUUGCAAGAAUGCAGGGAAAUGGCGAAAAAGUAAGCAAACAAAAAAAAAUAACGACGGUGGAUCGGCCACCCCACCUCGUACCGUUUUGAACAUAACUUUCUCGAUAAUAGCCCGGAAUGGAAAUAAUAGUAAACACAAGACUUGUUGUUUUAUUUGAUGCUAUACAGUGUUACACAGACUACAGAUAUUUACAACAAUAUUAUAUUCUUACAGAGAAUUAUAUUUACUUUUAAUAAUUAUUGCAGAUAAUCGCGAUGUGCAAUUGCAACAAUUGAAAAUAAUAGGCUCGUAAAAACAAUAUAUUUUUCACAAUAAUAGAGGAAGGAAGGAUGCUUAAAAAUAAAAAAAAAGGAAAUGAAGAAGGGAGAAAUGCGCGCAGCACCAUUGUAUACAGCCAAUUGAUAAUGCAAACUUAGCAAGAGUGAUAAUGUUUAUUGAUUGAAAACAGUUAUUGCCGAAGGAAAAACAAAACAAAAACAAACCGUGAUUGCAAAUGCUCACACAUACACAGAGAUGUGCAGCUAAAUUUAUUAAGAUGAAUGAUGAAAGCAUUAAACAAAUAAUAAGAAAAAAACGAUAUUAUAAAUAAAUAAGAAUGGCGAGAUUUCGCGGCAACUGCGAUAAUGGUGAUUGGUUAAAUCCGACAGCGUAGGUCCAUGCCGACUCAAAAGGCCAGAUUAACAAUAAAACCUCAAGACCGAUUAGUUCCUAAUACAGAGUUGACGUGUGGCUUUUUCUUCUCUCUCAUUCUUUAUCUGUCUAAAAUGAAAAAUGCGCCGGCGGAAUUGAGCCUUCUCAUAUUUUUUAUUGUCCACUAUAUACUGGAAUUCGUUGCAAUAUAUAUAUUUAUAUACAAUAGCCACCGACUUCAUGUAACGCGAUGACCUGUUCGAAUUUAGAUUUACGCAAGCUUUCUUGUUAUCAAUUUCUAUACGAACUGUUAUUUAUUGAUUUUUUCUAUUUUUUCAACGACAGAUGAUGGUGCUCUUAACUCUCAUUCGUAGCGUGAUCUCUGCCCUAAAUCUACAGCAUUUAUCCGGGUUUUUGAGGUUUAAAAACUGACAAAACCGUAAUACACCCUUAAUUAUAUACGAUGAACUACGAGCCAUAGUUGAUUAUUUAAUCAGUUGAACUGAAUACACAAAUUGAUAAUUGUUUUAUUGAUGGGUCAAGGUAACGCUACGACAUAAAUCCCACAUAAACCGGUACAAUUCAGUUUGAGACUGAAACGCAAGCUUUUGAAAUAACAACGAUUAAUUUUACGAUAUUACAAAGUUAUAAUAUUCGAACAGUGGUUACCUAUUACGAUAAUUAUUAUGCAGUAGAGAGACUUGUUAUCACAAAUGACUAAGAUUUUUGCGCUAGCGUUAGCUCGCACACUUGUUUAUUUACAGAGAUAUAAAUGCAAUAGAUCAUGUUUUAUUUUGGGAAUCAAGCAAAGAGAUAAUAAUAGGAACUAUAAUUGCAAUAAUAUUACCAAGUUUUAGCUGCGCGAAUGCAAAAAUAAGCAAGCCAGAAUGGUGAUUUUCGUUCACAUACAUAGAGUACAAGAGUAAUAAUCACAUACAUGAAUAGGCAGAAAGUUAAGGUUCGUAUUCCCCGGCGCAUAUACCAUAUAAUCCACAACAUACAAGCGUCUUUCUCAGCUCAUUCGCUCGCAAUAGUGAUUUCAUUGACGACAUAUGUGCCUCGUUAUACCGUCACGUUACGUGACAUCUUAGGUAUAUACAUACACAAUAAUAAUAGGCCGAUACCGAACCAGAAGAUUCUGGAAUCGCGAUUUUUUGCGUUUGAAAUAAAUGCCGCUAAUAUCAAUAUACCAUAUUUGUAAUACAAGGGAAUGGAUAUGCGUAAUGUAAUAUGCGUAUGCAUUCGACGCACGAGUUCGUUUUUCUACACGCGCACAUUGUAACAUAAUUAAACAGGAUAAAAGCUGCGAAGCGUUUAUACACAGGCCGAUAUCGGCAUGGAUCCACUCUCCUCGACAAACCAAACGCGAUGAACAUUAAAAUCUUAAACGCGAAAGCUCGCCAACCGCAAUUUCCAUAGCCAUAGUACCACGCAGUACAACUCAGGAUAUACUCAUUUUUUAUAUUAUAUUUUACAGAUGACAAUAGUUCCGUAUAAAAUGGUUAAAUAAACGAAAGCAGCAAACCGCGUUGAACGCCUUAUUAUAAAAGCCGCAGCGGCACGCUUCAAAUCUCACGAGCCCCGAGUGUCAAACGAAUCCUAGGUAAUCUCUUUCUCUCUUCUAAUCGAAAGGGAUUCGUUUGACCUCGCGACGGAUUUUGCGUGCGCGUGGCCCACUAUAUAUAAUGACGCUUGGCGCGGCCGUUUUUCAUACAAACCGGCUCUUCAUACCUCAACAAAUCAACAAUCAAAUGCAACCGAAAGCAAACAAAAAAAUUAAUUUAAAACGUAACCGCAAAAGCAGCUAUAUACAUAUACAAUUGAAAUAUAUUUAAGUAUAAAAAAAUGAUGAAGAAAAAUAAAAAAUUGAUUUUUGUUUGUAAAGCAAAUGAACAAAAAAAUAAGAAUAAUAGUAAUAAUAAUAAGGCGCGCCCGGUCGACGAUAAAAAAUGGUCGCACGCGCUCUUCGCCGCGCGUUAGACCACCACCUCAUCUCAACAGAUUAUGGUAUCAAAAAGAAAAAAACUAAUACAAAUCGUAAUUUCAAAUCGGAUUUUUUAUCGGUACGGAAAUAUUGUAAUAUUGUAAUAACGAAAACACACGUAAACACACUCACAAGCACACGAACAGGAAACACACAGCCGUGUACAUAUAAUGAGAAUGAAAAAAGUGAAAAGGACGAAGGAGAAAAAAAAUGGAAGUAAACUCUGUGCCCAAACCACAUUGUGAAUGGGAUUAAUUUUUGUAUUUAUAAUGCCUGUUAUUACGUUGAUAAGGGAUAUUUUGUAUACACCAACCGCGUUCCAUUAGUUGCAGAUAGACAACAGCACGCCGUGUGUUUUUCUUUGGGACAUCCGAAACGAGUUUAUAAGAAAAGAACAAAAGGAUCUCAAGCACGCGCGCGCAAUGAAUCGAUAAAACGACGACACAUAACAAUAGAUUAUGCGAUGGAUGCCCAGCGUUUUAACCAGACACACACAGAUAGGAUAGGAUUAUAAAUGUUGCAUAUCAUAAUAAUAUACAUAAUUGUUACGUGAGUUGUGCGAAAAAGCUCGGACACCCUGCAUCUCUGACACGUAGUUUCGCGACUCGAUUUUUCUUUCGUUUUCUCAUGAUAUAUCAUUGCAUUACAGUCUUCCUAUCAACAAACAACUAACUUGUUUUUCAUUCGAUUUUUUGAAAUGUUACUUUUUACUCGUUGAUAUAUACUUGUAUACAGACAACAACUGUGCCAAUAAUAAUCAACUCAUGAACCGACUCACGCAGCCUUCAACGUUGGCGGAGCUCUUCUUACGAAUAGAAGAGUCUGUCGGCGAUAAUUGUACAUAAUAAUGAAAUAGCGCUUAAAUAGAACAACCGAUCGACCAGUGUCUCUCUCUCUACAUUUGAACAUUGUCAAUGCAGCUGAUGACAAUUUUUUCCGUCCUCGCCGGCUCAUGUUGAAGCCGAGCCGCUAUACUAUACGAUUUUCAACGAAACUGCGAGAGACGGUGUCCGAGCAACGGUUUCCCUCUCCCUCCUCAUUCUUACAACCCUCCUUCUCCUUCUCCUCCCUCGCCAUCUCUUUUCUCUUGUUGAAGGGAAUGCCAGCGCGCGUUUAUCGCUUUCACACUAUUACGUGGAUACUUAUAUUUUUUGUAGCGACGACAAAAUGGUUGAGUGGAGUGAUGUUCGAUUGUUGUUUUACCUUUUGGUUAUUUGUAAAAAGAUUAUUAUUUUUUACAACGUAUUUAUUUGUUUUGACGACUGCAAUUAGCGAAAUUGUCCUCUCUCUCUCUCUCUUUCUCUCUCUCUCUCUCUCUCUCUCUCUCUUUUACUCACUCUGUGAUUAGCCAAGAGCUUUAUUAUAGCGAUAGUUUUAUUUAUUUGGUUCUAUUAUAAUUUGUUAUAAGAAAGUUAUAAAAAAAUCAUUUGCGAAAUUAUUUUUAUUAUUUUGUAUGUUAUAUUUAUUUUUGUAUAUCAAUAAAUGUCAGUCCCCUGGCAUGCAAUAUAUCAAUGGUAAACCGUUUUGUUGUGUCUACAAAGGUAAUAAUAAGCUCGCAAGCUGAAUAUGUCAGUGCAGUGUUCGGCAAGCGAAAAUUACUGCAUUAAAAUUCCACAGCUCCAUGCAUCGUUAUAUAUAUAUUUAUAUCUAAACACACACACACACAAUCACACACAUACAUAAUUUUUCGAGUAUAUUUACUCAACGUACAGCACUUGAUUACACUUUGGGAUUGCGUACGUUUAGUAAUGAAUUUCAUCUUUUUGCAUAUCCAUAAAUUUUAAUUUUGUCAUACGUUUUUAUUCAAAACAUAUGUAAAGAGUGAAUAUACGGUAAGCUUCCGACGUAUGUUGUCACAUACGCAAUACGCAUAAAUUAUUUCUGCGAGUGCAUAUUCAGAUUUUCCACGAGGAAUGGCAUUAUUGUUUUCUGAGGUAAUCUGUUUAUUACACGAGCAAUGUGUUUUUAUCAUUAUUAAUUUCCGUCAACAGGAACCUCGAUUAUAAUUUUUUUCUUCGACUAAUUUUUCGCGUAUACGUGCAUUUUCAAUCAUACAGAUGUAUGGAAAGCAUUCAUACACAAUAAUAAUGAAGUAUAGAAACAAUCAAUCACUCAUGCCGUGUUACACUCGAAGGUUACACGUACAGUUAUAUAACGAGAAUGGAAGAAAAAAAGCGAACGCGCGAAUCCUCAUAUACAGGCUGAAUCUUCGCUGGGCAUUAAACCGGUUAACCUAGUUAUUAUAUCCUCCGCAGCAAUCUCAACCGAAUCGACACCUUUUAAGCGUGUCACGCGUAAAUAAAGCAAAGUAAAGCAAAAUACAUACACGUAUUUCACAUACACGCACAAAUACACAAACAAAACAAAAUGGCACACCACAAACAGAAAUGCAAAAGUAAAAACAGGAAUAAUUAUUUUUUCCUUUUAACUGCGAAUUCUAAUACACACAACGUCCCUCUUCCCUACAGCAGAGAGACGCAUCAUGCAUCAAUCUUCUUUCAACUUUUUGUUUGCACUUUUAUCUCUCUCUGUCUGGUCGACGAGAAUCUUCUUGCCGCUAGUACAUCGACGUUGACGAAUUCGCGGUCAGAGAUACAUUUCUCGUCGGUUUUUUGCGGGAAACUUUAUAUUUGAUUAUAUUCUCCUAUCUAUAUACACCUUACUAUUGGUAAUACAUCUAAAUACAGGAUUUUCCAACGCAUUCAAGACCGACGUCGCGAUAUUUAAACUGAAAAUUUUUAAUGCAAAAAAUAAAGAAACGAACAUCCAAAAAAAAAAAAAGAAAACGGCAUAAAGGUAAAAUUUCAUCUCUUCGCAAUCACAGUUUUGGAAGAAAAAAGUAAUAUUAUGGCGCAUCGUAAGAAAAAGAGAUAAUAUUAACCACAUACCCUUUUGCACUUACGUUUCGGACAUGUAACUUUUUGUGGAACGACCAAAGUUCGUUUAUGGUCAGGAACGGAAGAGAAGCAAACCAAAAAAACUAGAAAAGAAGGAAGCAAACAAAAUAAAACUAAAACGGGAAAAGUGUUAUUUGAAAAGUGUAACAUAAUGAAAAAAAAAAGAGUUCGUGUAAGAUAAAAAAAAAUAAAAGAAAUCGUAAAUUUGUAAAAUUUACAUUAUUUAUUUUUUCGUUUCGGCGUGCGUUGUAUAGAGAAAAAAAAUGUUCGUAUUUUGGAAUAACAAACUUUGGAGAAUGAGCGAAAAAAACUUGUAAAUUUUGUAAAAUUCAAAAUGAUCGUUCUGUUUUAAUGAACUUUUUCGAUGAUAGACGUUUAUAAUAACCUUUAGGCGACGUUUUUUCGAAAGGUAAACGAAGGUAACACUUUUCUCCACCCGCGAAUGAGCGACGACUUUUUCGAAGGUAAUAAUGAAACAAAAAAAAAAUAUUCAACACCUGGAGGUAUCCAAAAGAGUAAAAAAAAGAAAUCUUAAGAAAGCAAAAAAAAAUGAGUGGAAUAAAACGAUAAAAAAAAUGACAAAAAUGAAAAGAAAAUGAUCGGUACGUUCGUUUGUGUCCUGUAAAUAUGUAAAUUAACUGAUAAGCAUUUAUAUUUCCAUGCAGUCAGCUGCAAAGGGGUUUCUCUCGUUCCCCUCAUAUAUAUACUUAUAAAAGUAAAGAAAAAAUGAAGCGAGACAAAGCUCCUUCUGGGAUAUCAAUGGCUCUCUCUGUCUCUUUCUAUCGAGUUGUUUCCGUGACUUUACCCGCGUGAUUUAUUUCACGGAGUAGAGAUGAAAAAAUAUGUAGGUUGAGGAAAAAAAUCUUUCCUUUGGACUGAAACGCGCAGGGAGAAAAUAUAUUUUUUUAAGAGUCAAGUUUGUCCUAUUUAAGCGUGUACCCUUUGCAAAAGUUAAGCGAAGAUUUCGGGUAGUAAAAGUUCUCUCUCUUUUCUAGUCACUUUCUUUCUUUUUACGAGGCAAUGAGAUGAAAAUGAAGAGGGUAGUGAUACGUUCCACUACACACACAGGUCUUCAGAAUUUUUUACGAGUCAUAGCUUGCGAGAGAGAAAAGUUUCGGUCAGUGCCGAGUUCUGAAAUUUUAUCUUUCGCAUCGAUGCCAAUGCAAUUGACAAUUUGCGAUAAAAUUUGUAUUAUAAGAUAGCUCGCAAACGCUGUGAUUGUGACCAAAAUUACUUCUAGUCGGAUACUGAAAGAAACGAAGUUAUUUGAUUUUUGAAGAAAUGCCAAAUUUUUCGAACAAUCUCUUCGCGAAGAUAAGCAACUUUCAAGCGAAGUAUCGUGGAGUAAAAAAACGUCGUUAAUCACUUUGUUCGAACGAACGUAAACUUUCUCCAGCCGUGGUAAAAAAUGAAGAAGAUAGCGAAACUUGAGUGUUCAUUUUUUCGUAGAACAAGGGAAACGCGCGGGAGAGAGAGAUAACGAUAACCGAGGAGGAGUUCGUAUUUAGAUGAGCAAAGUUUCGGCUCGCAGCUUUCUUUAGAGGCUUCUUUUGAUGGAUUUCCGCCGUUAUGAAUCCUCAAAUUUUGUUCGGACCAUUAACGAUUGAAAAAAGGAAAGAAACGUUACAGACCUAGGAUUGAAAAUCCUAACGUGUCGGUGCAUUUACAUAGUUUUUCUAGUCAUGUAAAAAGGAAAAAAUUUGAAAAAUGAAGAAAAUGUUUUCGGUCUAUACCAUAUAAUGUGCACCGACGUGCGAAAUUUUGUACAUAGGAAACUUAGCGAUAGGAAACGAAAGAUGCGAGGACAGAACUAAAAAAAAUUACGAUUAGCCUCUUUCAAAAAGACUCUAAAGCUAAAGUUAAAAAGAAAAAAAAAGGAAAAAAAUAAAAAAAUCGUAAUCACGUGUAUUAACGAGUAUUAAAUUAAUUCGCUUCGAAGUAAUUAAACUUAACCACGCUGUAUUCCCCCCUGAAUGAAAGGAAAGCCUAUAUAUUCAUUCGAAUCAUGGCAUACCCAAGGUAAUUUAUGUAAGCUUUAGGUAAAGGACACUAAUCUUAUCACACACGUACAUACACGUAUUAUACACAUCACAUACACUCACACACCAAAAAAAAACACGCCAAUUAAUCACUUAAUCACGUCCACGCAUUUAACAUAUAAUUAUUAUAAUGAAAAAAAUCAUAAGACAAGGUAAAUCGUAAAAGUGUAAACGUUUAAAUUAAAUUAUUGUAAACUCUUUCACGUGCAUUCAUUUAUGCAAUAAGGAAUCGUAAAUAUGUCGAGGAAAAAACAAAGCGUAAUUGAUUCGUAUGAAACCACAUUCACGCAAGCAUAUGAAUUAUUAUUCUUAUGGUCUCAUUAUCAUUAUUACUAACUAUUACUACUAACUAAAAGAAUACUACUACACACGCGACACUUUAUUAAGAAUGUAAUGAACGAAUGGGAUAGACCAGGCGCACGUUUGCAGUAACAUUUUGAAAGGACAUCGUCAUCGCACCUUCAGUGCGCGAGUAAAUUAACGUUGAUGGGAAAGAAACCAAGUACUAUAGUUGUAAAACACUCUUUAGCCAUGUAAGUGCGACUGAUAAUGGUAUUAAUAAUUGGGAGGAAGCGCAAGUUUUAUGCGGAUGCGCGAUGCGUGUAAGAGUGGGUCAUGAAUAAACAAACAAAACGAAAAAAAAUGUUUGAUUAAUGAAUACACGCUCAAGAGAGUUUUGGCUACUUGCAAAAAAAGACCGGUAACGAUUUCACGCGGACGACUGAUGAAUCUCAGCGCCUUUCGACUGGCGAUCGAUCGUUUUUUUGGAAAAUUAACCCAACAAUAGUAAUUUUAAUAUUGAAGUUGCAAACGCAUAAUUAAUUAUGUCACGAUGAUGAUUCCUUUCUAGUCGUCCGCGUUGAGUGAGCGUCACAUCAAAAUUGUACGACGACGACCACAUAUUCACUCAUACACAGUUUUAUAAAAAAAAAAUGCUUGAGAAUUCCGUUUUGAAAUAAAGGAAACCUGAUAUGCGAUGAGAACGUUAUCUGCCACAUACGUCCACGUUUCACUUUACACUCGUCGCGGUGAUAUAACUUGCGUUUUAAGCACGCUCUUAACGUUUAAGCAAAGGUAAAAAAUAAAAAAAUUGUCUUUAAGCUUUAAGUAAUUCGAGAUGGGAAAAACAAUGAAUCACAAGUCACGUCGACGCUACAAAUGAAAUGAGAAAGCGGUCUUUCCGCUUGUAUUCGUCGAGACUGAUAUAAACUGUGGAGGUAAACAAAGUUACUUGUAGAGUAACGGCAAGCAUUGUAAAAAUGACGAACACCUGUGAUACAAUGUGCGACUGCGAUUAUUCAUUGAUGUGUUGGUUGAAGGGAUGGAUGUACGGAAAUUGCUGGCCUGGAAAUUUAAUUCUCGCUGUAGUUUAUUUUUUCACAACGCCAUUCUUAAAUCCAUUUGAAAAGUCGCACGUUUUCUAAAAGUAACGUCUAAAAAGACUUUUUUUAUUUUUACUUUGAGCUUUCACGCACUUUUUCCGUUACUCGACAAUAAUAUCUAUUUCCGUCCGCCUCAAGCAUUACGUUAUCUUUCAACCCUCUUCUCUCCGCCCUCCCCUAAGAUAUUGAAAAGUGAUUGGACACAUAGGGCAAAGCAUACUUAAACGCAGUCGCGCACGUUCCAGGCGUGUCGGCUAAAAGUCAAGAUCGAGGCUUUUCGAUAUUACACGUUUUCCGACGGUGUGGCUUGAUGUUUUAUUUUCACGCGUGUACUCGAUCGCAAAGAACUUCAUCCAUUGGUUCGUUUUCAAAUCGAGUCGAUCUUCCUUUAACAAACAUUCACGCAUGACUUUUCAACCGGUAGCUUUGCAAUGUUCGGUCGACCAUGAAUAUUCUUGAUUUUCACGUAGAAGCAAACGUUCGUGCACGAAAUAGCAGCUUGAAACAAUAAUUCGAGUGCACGCGUUGCGAAGUACGACAUGGCCAACCGUUGGGAAAAUCCUCGAUCUUAAAAUUGUAUCGCAGGUGCGAGAACGAGCAUCUGUCGGAGAGCCGCGUUGAAAAAUUAUUUUGCUUCGCGCGAGAAAUCUCUCCUCCGAUGACUCUUCCUCUCCACCCCCCACGCGAAACAGAAGAAACAAGUUCGAGAACUCUCUUACGACACUCUUGACAUUUUUAUUCGUUUCUCCACGUUUUUGUGUUUCACUCCCUUGAUUUAUUUCAUUCAAAGAAAACCUGUAUAUACACUUUCCUCGCGCGAAGAUUAAUCGCGUUUCGGGGAAGUCUGGCGGAAAAGGGGAAAGUACUAAUCGCCGGGACAUCCACUCUGCUGCCUUCCGUUUUUUCUUUCGCCGGCUCGGACAACGGGAAUUCUCUCUGGCUCAGCGUUCACGGAGCCGGAUAUCGACUCGUUUAUGCGCGCGCUGCUUUUUGCCAAUUGAAUUUCGACGACUCGGCGAUUCCUCUCUCGCUCUACGGACUCGGCUACAAGUUUUGUUUGCUGAAACAACUUCCGAGGUCGUUGCUUCGCGGGUCGACGUGUCUCGUAACGGUAAGCAUUUUUAUCCAAGUGUCGAAUUACAAUUGUCGUCACAAACUUUAUUUUGUUUGAAAACUUAAUUCUUAUUAUUCAAUUACCGAUCGGUUAUCGCCAAGCUCUAUCUCUCUUUAUUCUUGGGCGCGAAAUUCAAUUAAAAGUUUGAAUCUCACUUGAAAUGGAACUUCGCAUCUAGUUGAUGGCCGUGAAAAAUUGUCCCACAGUUGUGUAUUAUCGGAGCAGCCGCACAGACGAGGUAACGGUUAAUUGAAUCGCCGACAAAAGAAUAAAGACAGCAGUACAUCACUCAUUAAUAAUUCGUCCCAUUCCUGUCCCCGACAUACACUAUCAUAUUAUUUUCUUCUCACAGCGCAUGAUUAUUCGUCGCGUCUUGUUACGUAUUAUUUAUUUGUGAGUGGUCCAGUGGGUACACUCGUCAUGUUUCACCUACAAACACACGCACACACUUACACGCCCGCAUAUUCACCGAGCAGAUGUGCUUUCGAUUUCGGAAGAUUCGAAGAAAAAUUUUUUGUACAGCGGCGUAAUUCGGAAUUAAGACUGAUAUAUUGUAAAUUUUCUGCGUGAAAGAAAAAAAGGAGACUUUUUGUACAAAAGGAAAAAAAAAGGGUAAAUGAAAAAUAAAAUUUUUCGGCGAGCGGACAAAAUUGUUGAAAAACAAAGAAAACUAAAGUUGGAUCUCUCGCAUCCAAGGCAUAUCGACUCUUUUUACCUUUUCUUUCAUUUUUAUAUCGAUCAAGCUUAUUUUACUUGUUUGGAGAGACACCUUUUGUAAGUGCUUUUAUUUUCUAUUGUCAAAAGAAAAUAGCGAGAAAAUUCUGUCUGACGAGCAAAAAGCGAUAAAGAAGAAUAGAAAAUAAAACGAAAAAAAAUUAAAAAUAAUUGAACAUAAAGGAAGAAAAGAAACACAACAUUUCAUGGUAUUCACUAUUCAUUACUAUUCAUUGUAAAACUUUGCAAUAGAUAUAUCGGUCCUAUGUAAGCGUUUACGUUUGUUUUUUUAUACCUAAUGACUAUUCUGAAUGAAAAAGGAAAAUAAUAAACAACCACAUUUU